GCGUCUAGCCGCUCCAGCAGGCUACGCCUUCGAUACAAGCGGACGCUCUCUCGCCAACGAGUACGCGCGUUGGAUCAACCCCAUGGACAGACAGGUGUUCGACGCGCCCAGCACGGAGGAGGCACAGUACUACAGCCCAGAGGAGGACGCGGUGGAGCAAGGCGACCUCAGGAGUCGGGCACGGUUUCAGGAGUUGCAAGAGAAGUUCGGCUUCGUGGGCGGGACUCAGCUGGAGUACGAGAAGUAUUUUGGCCGCGAGGGCAAGAAGUCCGGGGGCGACCAAAGCAAGAUCAUCAUGAUGGUGGCGGCGAACCAUAUGUUCAGGGACGCGAGGGAGCGGCCCGAGCACUGGCUGCAUGGCGGAGGAGCUCUGGGCCGCCUCCACGCGCCGUCGGACCAUUGGGUGGCGUCGGCCUUCGACGAGAGCAACACCUUCUCCUCGGCGGAGGCCUCGAGGUGGAUGCGGGGCUGGCUGCGCGCGCCACCCGACCGCGCUCGGGCCGCGCGGGCGCGGCCCUCGCGGGCCCAGCAGGCCUCGCUAGACCAGGGUGCCUGGGUGCGCCCGACGCGGCGCCGCUCGGCGAUGGGCAGCGCCCACAGCGCGCACAUCCUGAUGACCAUCAAUGCGAGAGUCAGUUCUAUGACACUGGUGCGGCCGCCGGCGGGUCAGAGUCGCGGGCAGCUGCCAAAGUGGCGAGCCCCCUUCAAGAUGCCCCAUGUCAACGACGGACGCCCGCCACCUACCAGUGGCUUCUCGGUGGCAGGAUGGCACGAGGGUGCACGACGUGCCCUGUUGAGUGAUGAACGAGUCUCUGUUGCGAUCCAGGCGUUUGCGGGCCCGCGGCGGGCCGCGGACGCGCGACGCUACCUGGCGCUGGACACGCAGGAGAGGGGCCUGGUGUUGCUUGUGAUAUCCAUGGACUUGGCAGGGGACUCGAGGCGGGACCUGAGCCGGGUCGACACGUCCGAGCAGCUGCGGGCCCUGGCGAGGGAGUGGCUGACGACGGCCGAGCGAACUUGGCUGGACGAGGGCAACCAGCUGAUGCUGAACCACCCGACGCUGCGCAGCGGCGCGGCAUGCCGCGGAGGCGCCCGGGGGCUGGAGCAUCUCGAUGACCCGGGGGGGGCGUCGCAUCCAUCCAUCUUCGACACGGACAUCUUGAGAGGCCUGGAGACGGGGACAGGAGCGGACCCGACGGGCCACCGGCGAUCGAGCAGGCGCCCCCCGAGGAUCUCGCGUUUCUGGGAGAAGCGAGACAAGGGCGACUUCCUCUUCCUCAACGAGGCCUCCUCGCGAGAGCGAGGAGCCGCGCUGGGCCAGUCGGACACGGGCGUCUACCUCCACGUCGACGACGGCUUGAUAUCCGCGGACGGGGACCCCAAGGGCUCUGGGGCGGCGAAGGUCAACAAGCUGGUCCAUCAGGUGGCGGACGCGCUGGAGGACACGGGCUUCUCUGUCACGAACCGGAGGGGGCGCGACCCGUCCGACCGCGUCGCGGACCACGAGGCCGAGACCACCCCAGCUCGGGCGCGAGCGCCGAAGAGGAAGGCGGCGUUGCGGCACGAGGCGCUGGAGGACUUCGACGCUGGAGGCUUGGGCGCGGUCGUGGCGGCGGCCGACCAGAAGCCGAUGGAGAAUCUCUGGCGCUUGGGCACGCGGCCUGGAACGGCGGCCGCCAAGCCGCGCCAACUGCAGCAGGUGUCGGACUGGGGGCCGACGCCUCUGGAGCCGCACCUGCCCGCGAGCACCAUCGCCAGAGGCUGGAUCGACAGUGAGGCGAUAUGGGUGCUUGCGGAGGUGGGUCGCUGGAAUUGGGAGGACCACAUCGCGCUGGGAGAGGGCCGCGCGGCCUUGUGGGCCCUGGCGCGGCCAGCAGUCAUCCUGUCGGCCCGCCGCUCGAAGAUGAUCAGCCUCGAGGACAACAUGGCUUUCGCCGGCGCCGCGGACCCGCACCUGGGGGGCCGAGCGCAACCAUCUACUUUCCUGACCUACCGACAGCAAGAGGCCGAGUCUUCCAAGUGGUGCUUGCUGGAGGGAGUGCCCCCUUGGACGCCCGACGAGUGGGGCGACACCCUGAUGGAGUACCAAGCUAUCUCCGACCCUCACAAGAGUCACUUCACGAGCCUGCUCGCUGCCAUCGGGUUCAAGUUUCCGCGGCUGCACGGCCACUUACGUCGAUGCUACGCGGCCUUGCGUGGCUGGGAGCUGUCAGACCAGACGAAGCACACCGCACCGAUGGUGGGCACGGCCCAGGCCUUCAUCAGCGCGCGCUUCUGUGCACGAGGACUGCCGAGACUCGGCAUCGGUGUGAUGUGGCAGGGAAAAGUGGGCACGCGCCCAAGCGAGAUGUUGGGACUCGUCACGUCAGAUCUCAUCCGUCCUGGGGAGUCGGGGUAUGUCCCUGGGCGUGGGCCUCUUAUUGUGGCCCUGGCCACUACCAAUGCGAAAAGGCCCCAGUCGAACUCGAUCCUGGAGUCUGACAACCCCGUCCUGGUGAACACCCUGAGGCUCUUCAAGGCUCCCACGGCCCCUGGAGGUCGCCUUUCCCCGUACAUCCUGGAGCAGCACCGUAAGAAUCUCGUCCAGGUCCAGAAGGAGAGCCAGCUACAGGCGGGUUGGAACCCCCCACAGUACCCGAGCGGGGCUCGCUUCAGAGGCCAGUGCGCGAG